CCACACACUCGAGUAAACGGACCCUGCGCUUGGACGUUGGAGUUGCCUCUCCAAGUAAAGUCUGGUGUUUACUUCCUACGAGUACAGUACUCGAGUACAGUAUUCUGCUUGUCUCCGAUAUCGGGUUUUUCUCUCCCUUUUUCCGGAGGAGGAGAUUUUGCACCACCCAGCCAUAUGGUCCGCUUACCGGAAUUCGAGUUCUGACUUGUGCGGGUGAGUUGGUACAGCACUCGUAGAAGAUGGUGGGGGGAGAGGGGGGGGAAGAGGCGAGCCUCCUUGCCCGACCACACCGUUUAUCGGUAAUGCUUUAUUCCCCCCAUCCCCAUCACCGUCUGCCGUCUUGGACAUCUCGUUAUGUGUGCCAAGACAAAACUCGAGUACGAGUAUCAUACCGGUAAUACGCUUCCUGGUUUGGUUGAACCUCGAGUGAAGUCGGAGUGGAGAAGCCAAAGCCAACAGAAAAAAAGUUCCCCAAGAAAAGCGACAUCACAUUAUAACAUAAUUAGCUUGACAGACUGCCUUAACCUAUAUGGCUCGAGCCCGCGGGAACUUGGCCUGAAGAGUGGGGGAAGUAAGCGUUCCCGUACUCGCAGCUCGAUACAAACACUGCUCACAAUCCGUCCGUCUUCAGUGUACGAGUACGGUAUGGCACUCCUACAGUACUCGAGUGCUUGACGAUGGUUUCGAACUGGGCUUAGAAUAUGUUUGCAUCUCGAUCUCCUGCUCCUUUCCAUGCUUUUCUUUUUCCCUUUUCUCUCUCUUUUUUUCCUUCUUUUUUUUUUUUUUUUUCUUCUUCCUCACUCCCGAUUUCUCUUUUGCCUCGCAAUAGCAAUCUUUUCCCCAUUCUCCUUCUCUUCCUCCCCUCCCACCUUAGACCCUUCUCAUUCUCCUCCCGUCAUUCCCUUUUCCCAUCUCCACUGGCGGCACCAUUAUAAGCACCCAUCAGGUAGGACUACCAGUAUUUGCUCCCGCCCCAACCCCCCUCCUCACCACCACCAUUCACAACCGUCAGCAUUCUCCUUCGCUUUUGGGUCGAAGGAGAAAAAGGGAAAAAAGAGAGAGAAAAAAAGGGAAAAGCCAAAUCGAAGGGUACUUAAGAAAAGGGAAAAUCCUGUAUCUACUGUGCACCACCCCAUUGUGUCUAGCUGCUCCUUCACUGCGGAUAUCGCCUUUCUGAGAGUCUAUCCGGCGUAAACUAGCAAGGUGCAGCAGCCUGCCGGGACCCGCCUUGUUGCACCCGAGAUUUUAUGAGAUCCCUGUUACUGACCCUGCGCAGCAGCAACCGCCAGCCGCUCCUAAUUUCGCAAUUGCUCCCGUGCUAUCCAGUACCGUGCAAGUAUUUUCCUGUUCUUGCCCUUCGCUUCCUCUUCUCUCACCUGUACGCGAUAAGGCGAGGGGUCCUGGUAUAUAUUAUUCCCUUCACCCUCCCCUCCCCUCCUCCCUCCUGAACCCUUCUACGACUUCCUGGACUGUGACUCUUUCACCUCAUCUUCCUUUGCUUUUGGAUCUGGUCAAUUUCCUGCGGCUUCGUGGGUUUAGGACUGUUUGGAGCUCCAUUGUCCAUAAUCUAAUGAAAUUCGGUGAGGCACUUCCUCAGCGUUCCGUUCAGGAAUGGCUGCCUUGUAAGUGCCUUUUGCUUUCGUUAUGCUUGCGCAAUUGCAGCCGGCUCCGCUGCUGGAAUGCUUGUUUUACUGACAUCGUGGAUACGUCACAUCAGAUAAUCUUGACUACAAUGAGAUCAAACAAUUGAUUAAGCGGUAUACCACUGGAAAGCCGCUCGUCAAGUCGCCCGAGGCUAAGACAGAUUUUGAAGAUGAAUUCUUCAAUAUUCUGAUGGAUCAACUUGGAAGGGUAUUAUAGCUGACCAUUGCUUUGGGGAAUGGUUGCGAAUUGCUAACGGUGGUUUAGAUUGACCUAUUCGUGAAGAGCAAGUCCGGCGAAGUUGACCGCCGUAUAGGCAAGCGCGCUCGAUGCCUCAGCUCAAAAUAGAAACUUUGUGCUGACCCCCCCCCCCCCGCUUAUAGUUCGGUGCAAGCGACAAGUUGCGGCUCUCCGAAGACGCGAGGCGGAGGACGCAACCCUACCUCAUACCCGACGGUCAGGUCGCUCGACAAAGAUCGAACAAGAGGUUGAACGGUGAAUCCAUCACAUUCUGCUGUUUCCUGGAACAAUUCCAGCGAUUGGGUUCGUACUAAUGGUGUUGGCUAGUGUGAGCUAUGAGGUGCAGUGCCUAUCGCGCUUUGUAAACGUACAACGCACGGGGUUCCUCAAGCUCUUGAAGAAAUACAAAAAAUGGACCGGUUCAUCACACUUACUCAAUCGCUUUCUUCCAAUCCUGAAAUCUCCCACAGCUUUCCACAAGGUAGACUUUGAAAAGAAUGUGCUAGAACUUUCGAACCUGUUAAACGCAAUCCGCAAUGGUCUUGAUCUACCUGCUGCUGCGCCAUCACCUCAAAUAGUGACCCAGCCGAAAAAGAUUCGCGGUGCCGAGCAAGAAGACCCACAGGAGCGUGCGUUUUCCAUUGAAACCGUCUUAUCCCAAAGGGCCAUUGCUACUGCGGAGGGCCGUGCUUACUUGGACUCUGCCCUAGCGACAUCGGCGUUAGGGGACAGUAGUGGGGGGAGGGCGACAUUCUGGGUACAUUACGACCAUUUGAUCGAGUUGCAAGUGCUGUUGUUGAAGUAUCUUGCCCUGCAAACAUCGCCCAUAUAUAAUGGCCCCCCAACGCCUCCAUCAAGGAAAGACUCGGUCGGGACUCUUUGGAAAGACGAUGAAAUUGGGGUUGUGCUUCUAGAUGACCUGGAGAGCUUCUCUGACAUUCAAAGUUCUGCUACUGUUGCGGAAGCUAGUAAAGCAUGUUCACGGACCGCGGGGCAAGUCAGGUGGUGUUGCAGAGAUUCGGAUGCUGUGGUUGUAGUUUCCAACACAUCUGCUUUAAUCGUGAAUAGUAUUGCUGGCCAUGGCGAGGAGAAGUUGGAAGUAAGAAUGAAGAGAAAGCAGAUCGAAGAACUGCUCGAGACAGGAUCCAUUUCAUCUAAAAAUGAUAUCAAUCAUACCACGGAUGAGCAGGGGGAGACCGACGUGGAAAAGCUUGAGGAGUGGCUGGCGAAGCACAAGAAUAUUACGCCAUUGGUUAAACUGCUCAUGAAACGGAUAAGAUUCGCGGAGACGCCGGAGGGAGGCCGAGUAUGGGCACUUUUGGAUUGGGAUAUUAAAAUGACCAAGGUUCAACAGGGGACAAACUGGCUCACUGGGCGAGAGGAGGACGGACCGGGACUUGGAAGUGAGGGAAGGAGCGAAUUUCCCCACGCUGUUCUCGAGGUUCAAUGGGAAGGACAACGAGUUCCGACAUUUUUGCAUGAGCUUGAAACCAGUCACAUGGUUAGUUGCGCUCUUGUCCUCCACUCAUAAGUCGGUGGCUUGCCCUCAAUAAUUACAUGACUAACUCUUUCCUAGGUUGAAAACGUUAGAGGCUUCUCAUUGGACGUUCAUGCCGUGUCCGCGCUAUACCGGCCCAGAAAUAUGACGCCCCCCUUUUGGGUAAUUACAAGCUAUUCCCGCGAACACUCCAGCACUCUACUAACAUAUCUGCGCUCCAGUUGUCCGCUUUGCAAAGAGAUAUCCGCAAAACCCCUGUGCACACACCACGCCACAGUAGGCGUAGCUCAUCCCACAUGAUGUUUGCAAGCGCGGCAUCCAAGACCACCUCUAACGGAACCUCCGCUACUAUGGCUCACGACUUUACAGAUGGGUUCGAUUCGUCGACUACCGCCUUUUCUCACACGGCCCCCACUAUCUCACCCAAAGCGAAGUCGGGUCGACCAAAGAGCGGGCUAUCGUCCAUCGAGCAUAUGGGUGGAGAGCGAUACUGGAGUGAGUUCAAUGAGGAUGAAGACUCUGAGGAACCAUACACAAUACUCAUAAGACGUGGGGACACAUCAGACGACGAGUGCGAGGACGGAGAUAUUUCGCUCUUGGACUUUAUGCGCAAAAGUGUUAUUUCAACUGGCCACAAACUCCAGGCGCUGUUCACUACAUCGCCCAAACAUCCAGGAGAAAGAAAGCCUCUCCUCCGCAAACCAAGCGUCCCAUCAUCCGAGUCCUCGAGCGAGAUUGAUGUGGAAGUAGGGUCAUUCGGUGCAGGGGCCUCUAGCCGGCCCCAUUACAAUACCUUCUCACGACCUGCGGCAGACAGCACUCCUUUAAGCCCUGCCUAUGUUCUUUGCCUCGGGAGCGCGGUGGUGACGCUCGUUGUCACUCUGAUUCUAGCCAUGAAUUCCUCCCUAGCAAGACACAAACACAAAUGGCGCAGAGGGCACUUUACUCUGGACCUUGAGGUUUGUGGUGCGGUGUUGACAGCGUUGAGCUUUGCAAGUGUCGGGUUAUUCAUUUUCUUGAAGAGUCGGAGCAGAGUGGGGCCAACACACCAGUUGUUUGCUUGGGGAUCUUUUGGUGCUGUUUGCGUCGGCAGCGGGGUAGUCCUUGCUAUGGUUGGGAAUCGUGAAGUGGGGAACUAGCUCUCUCUCUCUCUUCUUUUUUUUCUUUAGGCUUUUUGGCAUGGUUUUGGUUCUGCAUAAGGCGUUCUUUGACAGACUUUGCUCUCUCCCACUUAUUUUCUUUUUCUCUUUCCCAGCAGUAAAAAAUUGACACUAAGCAUGCGUAGACAUCUAUGAUAUUAUGCUGCAACGAUUUCCCUUUACCCCUUCCCAACCACUCCUUUGAUAUACGUGUUCCCUUGGUUAUGUGGUUUACGUGUAGUAUAGGCUCGAUUGGCGAAUGUGGUGUGCCUUCCGUUGUUGCAGGUGGGUCUGGCUUUGGACACCAGACCUAUGCCUGUCAUAAGUUGGCGGUAGCAGUCAACUUUCAGAAUCAUCUAUCUUUUUCUUUUUCUUUAAUGCCUUUCCUUCCUUCCAUUUGCCUCUUUCAUUAGUCGCUCGAUACCCCUGGGGACCCUCGCCCAUCAUUCACUGUCUUCCCUCUUUCUUUCCUUCUCUUUCCUACAAUCGCCCCGCGUCCCCGCAUCUUCUCUAUCUAUUAAAAUGUUAAAUAUAAUAUUUGCGGUGAGGUAGAAGUGGGCUAGUCUAGUGGGCCGCCUAAAAGCAUUUAUUAAACUUC